UUAUGUAUGAGACGAGUUUCUGACGUAGAUUUCUGAGAUAAAUUGCUAUUAAUUAUUAUUUAUCAUCGCUACGCUUUUAUAUAUGAUUUACCUUCGUGUUUAUCCAUAGAUUCGGCUUCCGACUAUCAUAUUUUGUGGUUUCAAUCUUUAUUUGUAAAAUUCUUACUCCCACAAUGGCUGAUAGUGAUGAUGAGUACGAUCGUAAGAGACGCGACAAGUUUCGUGGAGAAAGAGGUGCUGCUGAAGGGAGUAGCUACAGAGGUAGUGAUAGGCGAGAAGAAAGAAGUAGGGGCCGGGAGGAAUGGUCUGAAAGAUCUCGUGGGGGUCGUUCAGGUCCUGACUACAGAGACUACCGUGGAGGGGCGAGCGCCAGCAGAGGCUAUUCCCCAGUGAGGGGUGAGGGACCACCCAGCAAGCGCAUUAGACCAGAAUGGCCUGUUGAAGACAGAAGAUAUGGUGGAAUGCCACAUGAUUCUUAUGGGUCAUAUGGCUGGGCUCAUGAUCACUUCGGACCUCAUCCAGCACAUCAGGGAUAUGGUCAACCUAUGCCACCAGUACCAGCAAGGGAUGCUGUGCUGCCCAUGGGUGCUACAGAUGGUCCACCCACCAUGAUGACCUUCAAAGCAUUUUUAGCUGCUCAGGAUGACUCUAUCACUGUUGACGAUGCCAUACAGAAAUACAAUGAAUACAAACUUGAGUUUCGAAGGCAGCAGCUUAAUGAAUUUUUUGUUGCUCAUAAAGAUGAAGAAUGGUUCAAGAUUAAGUAUCACCCAGAAGAGUCAGUGAAGCGUAAAGAAGAACAACUAGCUGCAUUAAAGAAUCGUCUUAAUGUCUUCCUCGAUCUUUUGGAGCAAGGAGAACUGAACAAGGUGACAGUAGAUGUAGAUAAAUCCGACAAAUUGAUACGUCUGCUGGACACGGUAGUUAUAAAGUUGGAAGGUGGGACUGAAGAAGAUUUGAAAGCCCUCGAUGAUCCAAUACCAGUAGAAAUUACUAAUGACAAGCAAGAUAAGAAUGACACUGAUAAAGCAGUUGUCAUUGACGUAGACGCGGUAAAAGUAAAAGACGAAAAGGAAAAUCAAGCCAAGGACAAGGAGAAAAAGGCAGAGUCUCCUAAACCCACUGCGCCUCUGACGAUGGAGAUCGAUCCUCACCUGCGUCACUUGCAGGAGCAAGCUAAGUUGUUCUCCAGAUUUAACUCUGUCCCGGGACAAGAAGCUGAAGCGGAAGAAGUACCCGAGAAAGAGCCUCCACCUCCUGGAUCCUCCUCAAGCUCGUCAUCAUCCAGCUCUUCAUCCUCGAGCUCUGAAGAUGAGGGAGAGUCAACAACUCGCCAUAAAUCCAAAUCUAAGUCUAAGACGCCAGACAAAUCGCCCAAAGAAAAGGAGAGGUCCAAAUCUCCCAGCGUUGAGAAAAUUAGCGAAAACAAAGACAAGGAUGCAAGCAAUGAUAAAUCUGAUCAGGCAAAUGAUGUUACAGUGGAGAAGAAGGAAUCACGUGCGCUACACAAAACUACGUCGAUAUUUUUGAGGAACUUGGCACCUACAAUAACAAAGGCUGAGGUGGAAGCUAUGUGUAAGCGGUACGGCGGUUUUCUGCGCGUGGCGUUGGCCGACCCGCUGCCGGAGCGGCGCUGGUUCCGCCGCGGCUGGGUCACUUUCCGUCGCGAGGUCAACAUUAAGGACAUCUGUUGGAACCUCAAUAAUAUACGGUUGCGAGAAUGCGAGCUUGGCGCAAUAGUGAACCGCGACUUGCAGCGUCGAAUCCGGCCAGUGUCAGGCGUCACGCUCGAGCGGCCCGUGCUGCGCGCCGACGCGCGGCUCGCGGCGCGCCUGGCGCACCACCUCGACAAUCGCACGCGGCUGUGGUCUGAGCAAUCCUCUCAGCCCAGCGACGCCACACAACCUGCCGAAAAGGAACAAGAUUCUGGCAACUUCAGCCUGAGCUCGAAAAAUCCUGUACUCCAUAAAAUAACGGAGCAUCUGAUUGAAGAAGCUUCUACGGAGGAAGAGGAACUUUUAGGGCUCGAGGCGUCCUCGGAAUCCACGGCGCAGGAACAGCCGGACCCGGAGCUGAUCCGCGUGCUGGACCGCCUCGUGCUGUACCUGCGCAUCGUGCACUCCGUGGACUACUACAACCACUGCGAGUACCCCUACGAGGACGAGAUGCCCAACCGGUGCGGCAUCAUGCAUGCGCGCUCUGGACCACCCGCCAACAAGCCUUCUCAACAAGAGAUUCAAGACUACAUCAAGACAUUUGAAGGGAAAAUGUCUGCUUUCUUACAAGAUGUCAAGCCAUUGAGUGAUGAGGAGUUGCAAAAACUUGGCAUUAAAGAUCCUGAAGCAGAAGUGGAAAAGUUUAUUCAAGCGAAUACACAAGAGUUGUCGAAGGACAAAUGGCUGUGUCCACUCAGUGGGAAGAAAUUCAAGGGCCCCGACUUCAUUAGAAAACAUAUCUUCAAUAAGCAUGCUGAAAAAGUGGACGAGGUGCGUCGCGAGGUGGCGUACUUCAAUGCGUACGUGCGGGACGUGCGACGCCCGCAGCAGCCCGAGCCGCCCUCGCGCCCCGCGCCGCCCGCGCAGCACGCGCCACCGCCGCAUAUGUACAGCGGUGGUGGAGGCGGCGCGCGCGGCUGGGGCUGGGGCGGCUGGGCGCCGCCCGCGCCCUACGCGCCGCGCCACCCGCGCUUCUCGCGACCCAGGGGCGGAGGCGCGGAGUUCCGCCCGGUGAUACACUACCGCGACUUGGACGCCCCGCGCGAACCUGACGAGUUCAUUUAAUGUGGACCAACAUCCUCUUGCCAAAGGAGCUACUUGAAAAGUGUACUUAUUAAUAUCCAUAGUCCAUUUAUUAAUCCAGGAGACCAAAAUGAUGUUUCGUGUGUUGCCAGUUUUUUUACGGCUGUUUGAUAGUCAUGUGGUGCAAUCGAUACUUACCGAUAAAUAUUAAUCGAUACCGAUAGUACAUGUAUGAGAAAACAAAAUGUGUUGAAAAAAAUCCGAUUAAAAUGAAAUAAGUAUGGGCUGAUUCUCAAUUUAUGAGUUUUUGAGUACAUACUUUUGAAAAAUUCCUUAGGUUAAUUAUUUAUUAAGUGAUAAGUGGUUCCCUGACACUUUUUCUUUUUCUCUUUAUUAUUACAACUUUCUGGUACAAAUAAAAAUAAAUAUUUCUUUGUAUUCUUUGUUACUUAGUUACUUUAUUCUUUAAGUCUUUCAAAUAAUAUGUGAUUAGUGCUACUUUUUUAUCUCGUAAUUACACAUUUCGUAGGCUUAUUUUAACCACUCACUAUGCACGAAAUAUUAUUUUAUUAACGAUUUUUAUCUGAACUGGGACCAUGUGGAUAACACAAUUUUUAUAAAGCCAGUAGGUAUAAUUAUAUUUUUAAGUUUGACAUUUCUGGUUGUCAUUUUGGUCUGAGGGAUUAAAAAAUCGACUAUAAUGCUGACUGUCCACUAGUAACCAAGAUAUAUACUAAUACUAAUAGCAUAGUACGCUAGAUGUGUUUUACCUAAAUGACAAAUUCAUUUUUAUGGCGAUUCGAAGCGCCCUACCGAGCUUACCGGGCAUUAAAAUUGGCGAUAAAAUGGUCGUCGUGUUGACAGAUAUAACAAACGUUUAGUUUCAAUUACGCUCACAUGACGCUUCUGACUGCUAUCAGCUCCAAAAUGAUGAUAAUCAAGUUCAAAAACACAUCGUUAUUCGCAGAUCCAGCGUACUAUGUAAAUUGUAUUAUUAUAUAUCAGUGACAAGUAAUAAGAUUUGCAGAAAUCAGCUAUCAUUUUAAUCAAUUUCUGCAACUUUUAGUAUACAAUUAUUGCAGGAAUUCACACAGUGCAAGUAACAUAGAGCUAACUUCUGCAAGUUUUAUUGCUAGUGGACACACGAAGCUUAAAAAUAUUUUAUAAUGUAUAAAUAAUACAGACUAGUUACUUCAGUCUUCAGUAUAAAGUGUACCUAUGAGUUAUUAAUGGUUUAGGAAAAUGAAAUAUUUUAAAAAUCGCUUUUAUUUGGUUUGAGAAUAAAUAAAUAUUAAUUUUAAAAGUA